AUGAACCAUGACCACGUCGACCGCGACAGCAACUCGCAGGACCGUGACGACCCCAGCCUGAGGAAGGUGCAGUUCUCGCCGCCGCCUACCACGAACGACGGCGUCUCGAACGGCGGAGGGAGCAGCAGCAGCGCGGGAGGAGGAGGAGGGGGGAGCAAGAGGAAGCGGGUGUCGCUGGCGUGCAAUGCGUGCAGGACGAGAAAGUCAAAGUGCGAUGGGGUGAGACCAAAGUGCUCAAUGUGUCGAGAUCUCGAUUUCGAUUGUGUCUACCAGCAGUCUGCCUCUUCCUCAAACACGAUAGUCGGGAAAGACUACAUUGGCCGUCUCGAAACCCGUCUACUCGCCGUCGAAAACUUGCUCGCCGCACAAGCGUCGCUCUCACUCCGAAAUAACCUGCCCCAAACCCCCACGGACCACAGCACCGUCAGCCAUGACUACGACGAGACCAGCCACAGCCCCGAAGAGCUCCAGCAGCCGCAGAAACGCCUCAGGGUCGAUGGGCCGGUGGACACGAACGGCGGAGAGACGUUUGUGAACCUGCGGCAGGGGCAAUUGGAGGAUGAGUCAAGCGCGCCGGACACUGUUCUUGACGGGAUGGGGGCGCUCAACCUCGGCGACGAGGAGGACUAUGGCUACUUUGGCCCGUCCUCGAAUAUUGCGUUCAUUGGACACGUCACCCGCGCGCUCGCAACCUCCGUCUCCGUGACCGCCGCCUUCCCCAAAGACUUCCGCCGCACCGAGAGCGCGCUCGAGCAAUCAUCGGCCACCUCGACCCGAUUCAUGUCCGCGCGCGCCUCCCCCGCGCCCCUCGACUCGGGCAGCGAGUUCGAGGCCCGCACCGGCAACGUCAACAUCUACGUGAUACCCCCGCGCAAGCGGGUGCUGCACUACGUGACGCUGUAUUUCCAGAACACAAACAUACUCUUUCCCUACCUGCACCAGCCGAGCUUCCUGGAGACGUACGAGGAGGCGCAGAAAGAGGGGUUCACAAAGGUGCGCAGGACAUGGCUUGCGCUGCUGAAUCUGGUGAUGGCUAUGGGUAGCAGGGCGAGCACGGAGCGCGAGGUUAGCGCGGAGGAGAAGUACAAGGCCGCGGAGGUCUUCUACCAGCGCGGAUGGGGCCUGUGCGAUGGGCACUUUCUGCGGCUGGCAAGUCUGGAUUCAGUGCAUCUCCUCCUCCUAAUGUCGCACUACCUCCAAUCCACCCGCAAGCCCAACCAAUGCUGGACCACGCACGGCCUCGCCGUCCGCAUCGCCCUCCAGCUCGGCCUCCACUCCAACCAAGCUCUGCAGCGGUUCCCGCCGCUCGAACGCGAACUGCGCAAGCGCGCCUGGUACGGGUGCGUGCUCCUCGACCGCACACUAUGCAUGACGUUCGGGCGGCCCUCCGCCAUCACGGCCUACGCCGAGAAGCUCGACCUGCCCCUCGACGUCGAGGACGACGUGUUCAAGCCCAACAUGUCGCCCAUCCCACCGUCGGGCCCCACGUCGACAACAUUCUUCAUCCUCAGCAUCAAGCUGUACUCGCUCCUCGGCAGCAUCAUCGACACGCUCUACGGCGGCAAUCUCGGCGGCGGCGACCAGCCGGAGCCCACGUUUGCCGAUGUUGCGCGCGUCGCAGAGAUUGAGGAGAAGCUGUCCAUCUGGCGGCAGCAGCUGCCCAGUGCGCUCACGAUCGUGUCUGCCGCCGACAUCCCGGUCGGCGGGGGCCCGCCGAGUAAGUUUUGGCGGCAGAGUAUCAUUUUGUCGCUGAGGUACUAUAAUACGAGGGCGCUGCUGCAUAGGCAGUUUGUGGUCAAGGGGCUGAGUGAGAUCUGGGGUGGGGGCCCGAGCUGUAAUAGGUUCGAGGGAGACUUCUUUUGGAACUUUGGGUGGGCGAGUAUCAAGGUGUGUGCGGAGAGCGCGAUCGAGACGGUGGAGAUUGUGCAUAAGGUCAAGUACCGCAGUGAUCUGCUGGGCUUCUGGUGGUUUACGUUGUAUUACACAUUCAAUGCGUCACUUGUGCUCGUGUCAAAGGUGUUGAUACUCUCGCAAGUGCGGCAGCUAGCAAUGCGGACAGACUUCGUGCCCGAGACAGGGUCGUUAUUGAAGCAUCUCGAGAUGGCCAUGGAGACGAUCGAGGUCCUCGCAGCCGGGAACCGCAUCGCAAACCGGUGCCAGCUGUUCUUAAAGAACCUGAUGCAGUAUGUCGCGCCACUAGUCACCUCCUCCCCACGCACACUGCAAUCCAACCCUCUCUCAAUAACCUACAACCCCGCCGCCGCCGCCGCCGCCUCCUCCUCCUCCACGCACGCACCCCCCGACCAUACCUCCACCGCCGCCGCCACGCCCACGCCCACCUCCACCGCUACGCUCGCGCACACCAGCAGCGGCCAGCCGCUCGACCCCGGCGCGCCCGUCGGCGGGUACAACACGUCGCCGUUCCGCGCGCAGCUCGGCGAGUUCAUGCUGGAGAGCGAUUUUACCUAUCUCAAUAGCAUACUACCGCCGCUCGGGAUGGACAUGGGGCUUGGGGACCACGAGUUUGGUGGGGAGGAGGGCGGGCAUGGGCAGGGGGGGUUGGGCGCGCAUGGGGGGUAUGCGAUGGGGUUUAGUGGGUAG